AUGGCUUCCGCUCGCUCCUUGAUGCGUUUGGGCGCUGGUCGGUCAAUGGCUUCGGCCACCCGCCCGGUCGCUGCGCGCGGAUUCACCUCCUCCUCGCUGCAGUGUGCUGCGAAAGCUUCGACAGCGCCAGGGCCUGAGCCCCAGGAUAUGCGCCAGGCGCAACGGCCUCCCCAGGGGCCUCUCCGUGCCCCCGUCGUCAAUCCCGUCGACAAAUACCAAGACAAAGCCGAGGGCUUGCACAAGUACGGACAGUAUAUCAUGUCUUGUCUCCCCAAAUACGUCCAGCAGUUCACCGUCUGGAAAGACGAGCUCAGCGUUUACACCUCUCCCUCUGGAGUCAUCCCUCUCAUGAGCUUCCUCAAGAACCACACCUCCGCCGAAUACACCCAGAUUUCCGACAUCACCGCAGUCGACUUCCCUACCCGUGACCAGCGUUUUGAGGUCGUCUACAACCUCCUCAGUGCCACCCCAGUCCCUAGUGUGACUGGUCUUUUCGAGGGUGCUCUUUGGUACGAGCGUGAGGUCUACGACAUGUUCGGUGUGUUCUUCACCGGCCACCCCGAUCUCCGCCGUAUCAUGACCGACUACGGUUUCGAUGGUCACCCCCUGCGCAAGGACUUCCCCUUGACGGGUUAUACCGAGCUGCGCUACGAUGAAGAGAAGAAGCGCAUUGUCAUUGAGCCCCUUGAGCUCACGCAGGCCUUCCGUAACUUCGAGAGUGGUUCGACUGCCUGGGAGCCAGUCGGUAGUGGAAAUGACAAGACCCCUGAGUCGCCCCCAUCCACACCCACUACGACUUUGUUCGGAGCGGAUAAAAACCAGGCCCCUCAUAGUUAA